ACAAUGGGCAAGGGAAAACGAAACUAAAUAAACUGAAGAGCUUCAGACUUUUUGCUCUAGACGGACACCUUCCAAGAAGCACCACACUUUUUACAACUUUUGAAGUUCAGAAUUCCAGGUAAAAUGGAUGAAUUCAAACAUCCACUGUUCUUUGAAGCGAAAGAUUUGACAGACAAAGAGAAGGACAAAGUCAGGAGGCACUUUCAGAAAAGACGGGAUUCUGGUGGAGGUGAUUGUGGGAUGAUCGAAAAGGCUGGAGGCAACGCGUAUAAAAUCUGUUUCAAGGAAAUAGAAGACCAGGAAAGGGUGUUGCAGAGGAAGUUUCAUAGUAUCUCCCUUCCUUCUGGCGACUUAUGUCUAAAUGUGAGUCGAAGUUAUUGCCCAGAGACCCCGGAUCAGCCAUCUACAAGUCAACCGAAGACAACCACCAAAGUCAACACAAAAGGCCUUGAGAAGAUAUUCAAACUAGAUAUUUUCCUCAUGUUUUUCCUUAGAGACAAUCUUAAAGCAAACAAAUUAUUACAGAAACAACUCUCAUGUAUCGGCUGCCAAGUAGAGUUAGAUUUUGAGGAAGAGGAGGCAGUGGUAAGGGGGGAUAUUGAAAAGGGGCCUGGAGGAGCUUUUGGGGCUGCAGAGCAGUGGGAGUUACAGGUCGAUCGAGUCUUGAUCAAUUUCACUGAGAGAUACCUCUGCUAUCAUGUGGUUGAGCCGAAAAAAGCCAAAAUCCUACUGCAGGAGCUCUCCUUUGCGACAGAUGAUAUUAAAGUGUACAGAGAGGGCGGUUAUCCAGUGGUUGUGGGAGAAACUGAGGCUGUGCAUGAGAAAAUAGCAAUCCUCGAAAAGAGCCUGCCAACCCGGAAGGAGUUACCAAUUGUGGAGAAGCUGUUCAAGCUGGUAGAAGAAGAGUUUAAUCGAGAAAUGCGCACCCAAUACCCAGAAGUUAAGAUCAACAUAGGCAGCGCCAUGGUGACCUUAGAGGGGCCUGACAAAGAGGUGCAGUCAGGAGCCAACACACUUGAGGACCUGAAGAAAAAAGUAAAGGAAAAGCGAGUUAAACUAUCCACAGCCCUGAUGACCUUUAUAGGAUCCAGCGGUGCCGUAUCCAAGUACCAGACCCACUUCCAGCAGAGACUCAGAAAUCCUGUUUCCUUGGAGGUUGGGUCCGAGCUGGUGAUGUCUAGUUUGUCCUCCGAUGCCCUCGAUGAGGCCGAAGCCAUGCUGCAGAGAGACUUUGAUGUGGCCAAUGUCGAGCUGCAGGGGGCACUAGCUGCACCUCCAGAUCGAGAUGGAAUAAAGGAAAUCCUCUUCAAAGCCAAGAACGAAGCUAACUCUCGAGAGUUCAGAGUGGACGUCAGCUUCAUCCCAGGAACCGGUGGAACCCCAAACACCAAAGUACAACUGGUGGGCUACAGAGAAAAUGUGAAUAAGCUCAAAGAGGUUCUGCAUGACUACCAGAUCAACCAAAUCGGGACACAAGAAGUUCUAAACCUACCGAAUCCUGAACUGCUUGACUGUUUUGAUAAGAUUUUAGGAAUGAUUGGUAUGAAGCAGAACAAAGUGACCUUGAAAGCCUCACUUUUCCCAUACCCUUGUGUGCUUGUGUCUGGUCCCUGUCGUCUGGUCAAAGAGGCCAAGCAGGGUCUAAUCUCAGCUCUAGCUAGUCUGACCUCCGACACUCUGAUUCUGGAUGGACCGGGGGCUCUGCAGUACUUCCAAGCAGAAGGUAAAGUGGGCAAGGAGUUGGUAGAGAGCUCAUUUCAGGUUAUCGUCAAGGAACAGCAAGGUGUGCAUUCGGCAAAUGUGCAAAGUAAACCACGAAGCAUCAGCAGCCUUGUAACAAGCGGCUUGGCACCCGGACCCCUCCCCAGAUUGCGCUGCAAUACUGUUGGAAGCAAUGUGGCCAUAAAGACGAGCCUGGAGAUCAAGCUUGGCAGUCUGAUAGAUACUCAGGCGAAUGUGUUGGUUGUCCCCAUGCUCAACAAGAACCUCACUUCUACUAAGAUUGGUAAAUGUCUGUUUAAAAAAGCCGGGAAUGCAAUCAAGUCAAAGUUUGACUCGGUGGCAGCGAAUUGUACCGUUGCCCCUGGUGAUGUCCUGCAGGUGGACGCGCCUCCAUCUCUGGGCUGUUCCAAGAUCUUCUUCAUCGAGUGCUUGCCAUGGGAUGGAGUCAGAGGGCAGAGUGUGAAGGCGCUUGGUAAUGCCCUGAAGAGAUGCUUGGACCUUUGCGUACAGCAGGGCUAUAGCACAGUUGCCUUUCCAGUCAUUGGACCCGGAGUUUUUUUAAAAUACCCAAUGAAAGAGGCCAUUCAAGUGCUUAUGGAGAAUAUUUGCCAGCUUGGAUUAUCUGCAUCCUCUGGGUCUCUCACCGCCAUCCAGAUCGUCAUUAAACCAGGCUACCCUGACUCUGAGGAGUGCUACCAAGACGUCUACAGGCACCCUGGCUUAAAUGUGAACCAGGGAGGAGAAGCAAUCUUUAGGUCCCUCACCAGUGACCUUGAUGAAAUCACGAUGACAGUGGGCGGCGGGGUUAAACUACGACUGGUGUUUGGUGACAUCACUGAUGAGACGACGGAUGCUGUGGUGAACACGACCGACUUUGUUUAUUUCCAGAAUGGUGUGUGCAAAGACAUCUUAACUGUAGCUGGAGCGGAUGUGGAGGCAGAACUCAAAGCAGCAAAAUACACUCGUGGAGACGUUUUUGUGUCCCAAUCGGGAGAGUUCCCCUGUGAAGCCCUUUUCCAUGUCUGUGGACAAAACGAUGCAGUCGUCAUCAAACAAAUGGUGAUUCGCAUCGUUGAACAUUGUGAAUCUUUUGGGUUCGAGUCCGUGGCCAUACCUGCUAUCUGUGCUGGAGCUGGUGGGUUGGACCCUGGUGUUGUGGCAAGAGCCGUCCUCCGAGGGGUCAAGGAUGCCACGUCGUCCUUUGGUCUCAACUCUCUCACUGAUAUCCGCCUCGUCCUGCUAAAGAUCAACGUCUUCCUGGCCUUUAAAGAAAAAGCAAUGCAAAUGUUUUCCACUGCUGUGAUCAACAAAGCUUCUGUACCUCAGUUGCCUUAUGUACAACAACAACAACAACCUCCAUCUGUGGAGGCAGAUCUAAGCAUCGUCUGUAACCGCUCUACAAGCCAGCAGUCCGUCUUCAGGUUCCUCGGUCUCUCCAGAAAGAAUGUUGACAGUGCCAUGACAAAGCUGACGGAUCUGUAUCAGGCUCAGUGUUCUUCUCAAACCUUCAGAAAGGAGGAACUGAAAGACCUCACCCAGGACGACGUGAAGGAUCUGAAGCAGCUGGUGGAAACCGAGGGUCUGUAUGUUGAGUUGAGCCAAGGCACCUUGAAAGUUAGCGGGCUAAAUAACGGGGUCAACAAGGUAAUGCAGAUGAUCAACGCCUCUCUACACGGCAACCUCAGAAGAGAGGUGAGAGUCAGGGAGGAGGAGGAUCUGUACGCCCGUGUGGCUUGGUGCAUCUUGAGACAUAGAGGCAACUGGGAGAGGUUGCCCAAAACAGCCAAUCACAGUCUGGAGAAUAACGAUGUAGGAGGAAGGAUAGUGGACGCUCAGGGCGACAAGUGGAACGCGGAUCUGCCGAGGAUGGAGGCCACGAGAUAUUUAGGUGGUCAAACAGCAAAACUAAAACGACUUGAGCAUCUGCCAGACUUCACCCUCCCUCUGUACUGGGACAACAUGGCUGCCGGUGAAGCUUUGAAGACGGUUGAACUCCUUCCUUCCUAUGCAGAGUACCGCACAGUGAAGGAGGCCUUCAAACGAACAGUCGGCAAGACCGUGCUGAAGAUCGAGCGCCUGCAGAAUGUCCAUCUGCGGCGCGCCUAUGAAGCUCAGAAGAAGCAAAUCUCUGACAAGUACAAACAGCAGGGUGGAGAAUGUGAAAAGCUCCUGUACCACGGGACGACCCAGGACAACUGUGAUUCCAUCGUAAAAACUGGGUUCAACAGGCGCUUUUCUGGGCAGAACGCAACUUCCUACGGGGAAGGAACAUACUUCGCUGUAAAUGCCAACUAUUCUGCUCAACCUUACUACUCCAGACCAGCUGCUGACGGUUCCCAGCUCAUGUUCGUGGCCCGCGUCCUGACCGGCAUCUACACUCAGGGCCAACAAAACAUGAGGGUCCCUCCCCUCAUCAGCAACCAGGGGGACCACGACCGCUACGACAGCGUAGUCGACAGAGUGGACAACCCCCAAAUGUACGUUGUGUUUCAUGAUAACCAAGCGUACCCCGACUACCUCAUCACUUUCAAGUGACCGUGAGGAGAUAUGAUUUACACGAAGUCAAAACAACAUUUCAGAAAACACUACAGCAUUUCAGAAAACACUACAACAUUUCAGAAAACACUACAGCAUUUCAGAAAACACCACAGCAUUUCACAUUUUACGGAAAGGGUAUUCCUUUAGGGAGAACACUUCUUGUUUGUGAUUGGAAAGAGCCAGCCAGAGAAGCACUGCUGUGAUUUGUUGUUUUUGCUGCCAGUCAAGAAAUUAGAUUGGUCAGCACCCGGCCGACAGCACCACCUAUUUCCUGUUUGGUACCGUUCAGCUGUUUCUUCAAGAAUUUUAAACUGAGUUGGAAAGAAUGGAAGAAGAGAUGGAAAUCUUAAGGGAAUAUUUUAACGAAGGAUAUACAUACGAUGUUAUCCUCGACAUGCUGUCAACCCAUCAAGACAUCAACAUGUCCCUUAGAACCAGGGGUGUAGUGCUGCCGGGGCCUAAAUGACUAUGUGUGAUGUUAAAGGGGUCACUCAUGGCAAAUUCACAGAGAAUUAUCACCCAAUUUAGGUCACGUCUCAAUGUUUAUUAAGUUUAACAUCUACCCUGUCCCGGGAUAUUAAACAGUGCAAAUAGGUAUAUAUAA